GCUCUUUCUUUCUUUCUUUCUCCCCUCUCGCCGUCGUCGCCUCCUCCUCCUCCUCUCACCCAAACCCUAAUCUCCUCUCCCCCCCGCGAACCGAGGCCGCGGGCGCGCAGGCAGGCGCGGGGCAAAUGGCGGGCAAGGAGGACAGCCGGAUCUUCGUGGGCGGCCUCUCGUUCCACACCGACGAGCGCAAGCUCGAGGACGCCUUCCGCCGCUUCGGCAAGGUCGUCGACACCCAGCCACUUGCUUUGUGAAGCCAAAUGAGCUGGCACAUUUGUGAAGUUGGAUAGAACAGGGAUUCUUUUGUUUGUUUGUCGAAAGAUCAGCUUUGCAGAGAACAAUCAUGAGUGUUUUGUGCGGAGAAAGCAGCUGUUAACUGCUCUUUGAGGGAAAACUUAGGCUUGAAAUUGCUUUACCAAGAGGUCGUGCUGGUGCUGUUUAUCGCAGUUAGAUGCCUGAAGUGAACAUCAGGGCCUGUGAAAUUUGAACCAGUAAUCUGGGAACCCUUGAUCUAUCUUGCUCGUGGCUGUGUUCUGAUACCUUCAUUCAGCUUGUGGUCUGAUAGAAGAAACAGCAUGUUCUUACAGUGGUAUUACUUGACAAGAAAUGCCUUCAGUGGUUCUUUGGCUUUUGCAGUUCCAUGCAUGCCCUGUGAUUUUGAUAGUCUACUAUGCCAACACCACAGUCAGUAGUCUGCAGUUGGGAAGCGGCUCAACAGACAGUCUGUUGUCUGAUGGAAACCUGAAGACAUUUUUCAGUCUUUCAUGUUUAACUGAUUUGAUCUCUUGGUGAUAUACAUUAAAAUAUUUGUUGUCUGUUUUGUGUGGUUGUGUUAAAUAUUAAGAAACCAUGUAACCCAUUUUAAAAUCCUGUGCCAUCUAUGCGACUAGAAUUCUACACAUAUGUUGUCAUGUUUUUCUAUUCUUGAAUCUUGAUACGAGUGCCAUGAUUUGUUUGGUAUGUCAGUACUCUGUUCGUUGGCCAAAAAAUUGUUCUGUUUUCUGCUCCUAGUUUCUAAGAGCAUGUUGCAUUAUCUUUUCUGUAAUCACCAUGUCCCAAUCAUUUAUCUCAUCAUACCAUAUAUUCAUCUGAAUGCCUUUUCUUCAGUUGUUUCUUUCGCUUUUUGGUUUGUAGUCAUAGCCAUUUUUUGUGACAAGUUGGGUGCAAAACAUGUUGUAGUGUGCAACCUGAUCUUAUUGGCUUAAAAAUAAUUUAAGGGAUGUCGUUGCAAGCCAAGGAAUCAUGUAGUAGUAGUUGGUAACUUUUGUUAUGAAAACCGAGGGAAGGUGAAAUCCAGAUUUGUUUGUGGUUCGUCACGACAUUGGUGCUGUGUAGUGCUCAUGGAAUGACAGUUGAAGGAUAGCUGCUGAAGCAACAUUUGAUGUCAGCACUUCUCACAACCAACCCCACACAUUUGGCAUGUCAUGCUUGUUGGAUAUUGCCAACUGCUGUCUCCAUGUGUUGUUUUGCUAUGUUUGAAGAUUCUCUCGUGAGCUUAUCUACCAGACCAGCAUGCCAGUGGUUCAGACAUCGGUGAUGGGCCUGACCGCCUGAGAAUGUUGUUCUUGUUUAGCUUCUGACAGAGUAAUUCACUAAUUCAUGGUGAAAAUUUAAUAGAUGGAUCUAACUACUGAAGUGGUUUAUGCAUUUAGUCAUAGCUUGAUAUGGUAUGAGUGGGAGUGUUACAAACCUUGAGGCACACUUGGUUGGCGGUAGCCACUUUCAUGCCAAUUGAAGUUCCUUGCUUCUCAGUUAGUAGUUGCUGCAAUUAGUUUAGUUGAUAUGAGAUGUGCUAUAGGGAUCCAAACACGACAGGAUUAUCCAGAGCAGUCUAGUAAAUAUGGGUAACAGCAAAAGAUGGUAGCAGCAAGCAUUGUUUGGUUGCUCAAAUGUUUGUUUGCCUGACUGGUUGUCAGUACAACGAGCUUUGCUCUCUCAGGAUAUGUUCAGUCAGAAAGGUAGUUACAGUUACACUCGGCUAUGUGACAGUUUUGAUUUGUUCUGUUGAAUUAUGAAACUCUGGAAUAACCUAAUCCCAAUGCUGCUCAAAAGAUCAUGCUGGAGAGGCACACAAACCGGCACCGUGGCUUUGGCUUCGUGACGUUUUCAGAUCCCAGGGCAGUUGAGACUGCUAUCAAUGAUAUGCACAACAAAGAGUUAGAUGGUCGUACCAUUUCAGUGAACAGGGCUGAGCCGAAGUUGCAAACGGAUGACACACGGUACAGCAGUGGUGGUGGCGGUGGUGACCGUGGGGAUUAUCGUGGUGGUAAGGGUGAUGGCCCACCCCCUGGCAAUUGCUUUGAGUGUGGCCGUGCUGGUCACUGGGCUCGUGACUGCCCUAACCCUGGUGGCGGCCGUUCUGGGCGAUUCCCUUCCAAGUUCAGUGGCGGCGGUGGCAGGGGAGACCGCUUUUCUGGAUCAGACAGGUUUGGCGACCGUUACGUGGAUGAUCGCUACGAUGGUGGCCGUUAUGGUGGGUACCGUGAGCCUAUUGACAGCAGAGACAGAUAUGAUGGGGGCCGUGAUCGUUAUGCCAGUGACCGGUACCCUUCUGGUGGUGACCGCUUUGGUGCAGACAGGUAUGGAGCUGCUCCGGACCGUUAUGCACCAAGUGGUGGUGGAGGCGGCUAUGGCAGGGAGCGGGAGAGAAGCUACGAGAGAGAUGGACUUCGUGGUGGUGGCGGCGCCUAUGACAGGAGUGGCCCAAGGGGCGGUGCAAGCUACGACAGGGACGGCCCAAGGGGCGGCAUCGGCGGUGGCUAUGACAGGGACGGUCCACGUGGAGGCGGCGCCGACUAUGGCAGCGGAGGGCCUGCUCGCUACGAGGGAGGAGGUUACAGGGAGAGGCCUGCGCCGUACGACCGCCCCAGGGGAGGAGGACGCUUCGACGACCGCUACUAGUGACCGACCUGUUGCUGCAGUCGAGCUAUGUACUUGCGUUUUUAAUUCUUUCCAGUUUGGCAUGGCCGAAUGCUUGAUGAGUACUCUGUCGGCACGGUUAUCUCUUUUCUGUACUGCGAAUGUUACUCCUUGGGCAGUGGUUGAGUUUACCCAGCAGACUGUUUGCGUGCUGCGUUGAAUCUUCCGUGCCAUGGCAGUUGGCUGUUGUCACCUUUGCUGGAUGAUGGUUUAUGUACUGCUGCAUGAUAUUAUCAAUCCGAACUUAUGAAAUCCUGCUGCUCUGCUGU